UUCUGAUAGACACGUUGUAUAACGGUUUACCUAUAUGAACCAGUCUCAUCAACUGACCGCAUUAUGUUUAUACAGUACUCAAUUGAACUGCGUGAACAACUGAACGAGUGACAAAAUUAUUUUAAUAAUUAAGGAAGAGAGGAUUAAACUAAUUAACGUAAACUCGAGAGAACUGUUGAUGUAGAAUUCACGCCUUGUUUAUAUAUGGUUCGCCAUUCAACUGUACUGGAACACGAAACGAGAGGUUUGCUGUCGUUUAUCAACGAGAUGCUUUAAAGCCUGAACAGAGAAAACUGUGGUGUCAUUGGUCAGGAAUAAUCCAUACAAUAGAAUUUAGCCUUAGAGCCAAUCAAUAAAAUUGAGGCUACUUAUAUGUAAAGACCACCUACGGUUUGAAGACAGCUGAUACUACACCAUUAGCUUUUAUAAUGACAAGAGUAUCCAGCUAAACUACCUAGCCACAUUGUUUCAUUGGACUUUAUAAAAGGUGUUUUUAUGGAACUUUAAUGGAAUUUUGGAAAGAUUUACAACUGCUAUAACUUUUAUAAGAGUAAUAACAUGUGAUUUACAAUAGAGGAAUAACUAUUUUACAUCGUUUUUUUGAUAUAAAAAUAAUAGCUAAAAUAUGUAUUAAACUUUAAUGGUUUUCAAUUAUGGAGUAUCAAUUUGAUGGAGAAAGGAAUAUGUCUGUCGAGGAGAAGAGGGAUGUGGAUAGUUCGGUUUCAGUGCCAUGGCAGGCCAUUAUCAUUACAGCAUAUACCACGGUUUCUAUUGUAUCCGUUUGCGGAAACAGUGCGGUUUGCUACUUGGUGUUGUCUCAGCGGCGUAUGAGGACCGUGACGAAUUAUUUUAUCUCUAGUUUGGCAGCCGGUGAUAUUCUUAUGGCCGUGGUUUGUAUACCAUUAACGUUUGUCGCUAAUGUUUUGUUGAAUUACUGGCCAUUUGGUGAAGCUUUGUGUCCUAUAAUUACGUAUUUACAAGUGGCUAUAGUGUUCCAGAAUGCUUACACACUCUUAGCCAUUAGCCUUGAGAGAUAUAUAGCUAUUUUACACCCAUACAGACCUCGAUUACCUAAACGAAAAUGUCUAAUGGUAAUUGUUUUUUGUUGGUUGUUAGCAUUCCUAACGCCACUUCCAACCGCCAUCACGUCAAAGACUGUCAAAUUUAUAGAAGGUAAUAGCACCAAAUGCUAUUGUUAUGAAGUUUGGCCAACUGAAUCUGGCCGUGUUGGAUAUAGCACCACUAUAAUGGUUCUACAGUAUUUCUUACCUUUAGGCGUGCUCAUUUACACCUAUGCUAGAAUAGUUCACGUGGUCUGGAUGAAGGACAUGGGAUACAGAGCACGUGGCGAAACGGAUGGAAGAGAGUUUGAUCCAAGACGAAAGGCGGUUUUGAUGAUGAUAGCUGUUGUUGGGAUUUAUGCUAUUUGUUGGCUGCCAUUACACGUAACAACAAUAGUUGGUGACGUGCACCCUAGUAUCUAUGACGUAGAUCACAUGCGCUAUGUUUGGGUUUUCGCCCACUGGCUGGCCAUGAGUAGUUGCUCUUACAAUCCAUUCGUUUACUGGUGGAUGAACUCGAGAUUUCGACAAGGUUUUAGAGGCAUAUUAACUUUUGUGAUACGAUGUGGUUCAAAGGAUGAUAAAAAUAUGUUUGGACCCGAUAAGUCAUUUACGGAAUUGAGUGCUAACACCAAACACGUAUCAGAAACAUGUGUCAGUUCGUUCAACCCAAAAGAAGAUUUUAUGUGAAUAGAGAAUAAUUGUUGUUAAAUUCCUUAGCUGAAUCUUUAAUUAUAUUAAUCAUAAUCAUUAACCU